AAAAGUGACUACCGGAUGUAGAAUUUUACAUUAGGCACUGACAAAUGUACGAAUUCCACAUGACCAAAGAAUUGCUGGAUUUGUAUCGAUUAUCGUUAACCGAGGUAUCACCGUAUUGAAGUUGUUUUUAUAACAAUCAUCAAAUCAUUCAAUAAUCGCUAUCCGGUUAAUGUGAUUUAAUUGCGUAUCAUUAUAAAUAAUGACGGAUUAUGCAUUUAGCGACGUAUUGGAUUUGUAUAACGUUUCAUUGCCAAAUAAUUUUGUUUAUAUAUCACAGAUGUUUAUAACCGAACAACAAUGAUCUGAAUUCAUGUGGCGAUCUGUUGAGAAUUACCUAACCAUCAUUAUUCCAAACAUUGAAAGCAGUGAGCAAACAACUUUAUGCAACAGUUUGAGCCAUCAAAUUCAAUCAAAAGACGGAUCGAUCAACAUCAGAAAGCGGAAAUGUCUUCGGCAACAAAAAUCGCUAAUGGAAUGUCAGUGAAUGGUCGAUUGAAAAAACAGGAUACAUUUCAAUCGAAUAGCUCGACAACGAUCAAUUUGACAAAAUUUGAUUCAAAUUAUCAUUCAUCGUUUCAAUGCCGAAUGUAUAAUAAAUCAAAUGUUCGAACAUCAAAAUUGUUUAGAAUAUUAACGGUAGUGGCUUAUAUUAUUGCCGUUAGUAUGGCUGCCAUUCUUUUGUCCAUUUAUUAUACAUUCAUCUGGAAUCCACAUCAUCAUCGGGACGAUAAUAGUAAAGCGGUGGUGACUCUCAUCAAUCAACAACAAAAACAACAACAACAACAACAACAACAACAAUCAUAUUCAACUACAAUGAAUAGUAUCUUUGUCAAUGAACCAUUAACAUCCAGGUCAUCACAAUCAUUCAUACAUGAACAAAAAAACAAAAAUUCUUUGGAAAUUAAUUCCUUAAAAUCAAGACCAAUUACUAAUCAAACCACUAAUGUUAGACAGUAAUUGAAAUGAAAAAUUAUUUUUAUUCAAUUUUUAUUCAUUAUUUAUUACAAAUUGAUAUAAUAAAAUUUACGA